AUGCAAACAUUAAAAUGUGUCGUUGUGGGUGAUGGUGCUGUUGGUAAAACCUGUUUAUUAAUUUCAUAUACAACUAAUCAAUUUCCUGCUGAUUACGUCCCAACAGUUUUUGAUAAUUAUGCAGUCACUGUCAUGAUCGGCGACGAGCCAUAUACCCUUGGUUUAUUCGAUACAGCUGGUCAAGAAGAUUAUGACAGGUUGAGACCGCUUUCAUAUCCAUCUACUGACGUAUUUUUAGUUUGUUUCAGUGUUAUCUCCCCUCCAUCUUUCGAAAAUGUUAAAGAAAAAUGGUUCCCAGAAGUGCAUCAUCAUUGUCCAGGUGUUCCAUGUUUGAUAGUUGGUACACAAGUCGAUUUAAGAGACGAUAAAGUCAUUAUUGAAAAACUACAAAGGCAAAGAUUACGUCCAAUUACUCAAGAACAAGGUGAUAGAUUAGCAAGAGAUUUAAGAGCUGUCAAAUACGUUGAAUGUUCUGCAUUAACACAACAUGGUCUAAAAAAUGUUUUUGAUGAAGCCAUUGUUGCAGCAUUAGAACCUCCAGUUAUUAAAAAGAGUAAGAAAUGUACUAUUUUAUGA